GACAUGCAUAGCAUGUUGACUCUGCUCUGUACGAGCUGUAGUCUAUCAGCUUCGUGGUUGUGGCAAUCCUUCGCUGUUGAGUUGCUUCCGCGAAAAGUUUUAUUCCAGGAACCAUCCGAAAAAGGCCCUUGCCGCACGCCACAAGCAAAGGUUCGAGUUUUCUUUUCCCCCCUUUCUGAACUUACUCUGUCCCUAGAUAGUCUACUUUUGCUAUGCUGCCCUUCCACAAAGGCAAUGUGCGGAGGAGAGUAACACAAGUAGCACCAAAAAGAUAAAAGAUUGUUUUCUGCAUUAGCCAGUUAUCACGUGAUAUCAAGCUGAGCCGGGCCCAUCCCGCCCUUGAGUCAGCCUCAGCGAUUGCGGACAAAAAGACUGUUUUCUGAACCCCGCCGUGAAGCCGCCAAACAACUGAAAAAAUCACCACAGCAGCCAUGGGUUCAGAACUAUCGCCGCAAGAGAAGCUUGACCUGAUUAAGCUGAAUCUCCAAGAGGUUUUAAAAUCGGAGAUUCUCGAAGAUAUAAUUAUUCGCCAAAACAGAGCCCCCGUCAUUUAUUGGGGUACUGCGUCGACCGGCCGAAUUCAUUUGGGCUACCUGGUCCCGAUAGUUAAACUUGCCCAUUUCCUCCGAGCGGGCUGUCAUAUCAAGAUCCUCCUUGCUGACAUCCAUGGCUUCCUUGACAACCUCAAGGCCCCAAUCGAACUGGUCAAUUUCCGCGCGGAGUACUAUCGCCAUUCCAUCACGGCCCUGCUCGAAGCUGUCCAUGUCCCGACAGACAAGCUUGAAUUCGUGCUCGGCAGCUCCUACCAAUUAUCGCCCAAGUACACCAUGGACCUCUUUCGUCUGAGUAGCGUGGUGACAGAGCACGAUGCGAAGAAGGCCGGUGCCGAAGUGGUGAAGCAGGUAGAUAAUGCUCCGCUAUCGGGCCUUAUCUAUCCUCUGAUGCAGGCCUUGGAUGAAGAGCAUCUGGGCGUGGAUGCGCAGUUUGGUGGAGUUGAUCAGCGAAAGAUCUUCACGCUCGCGAUGGAAACACUGCCGCGUGUGGGAUACAAGGAGCGGGCCCAUCUGAUGAAUCCGAUGGUUCCUGGGUUGGCGGGCGGAAAGAUGUCCGCGUCCGACCCGGACUCUAAAAUUGAUAUCCUGGACACUCCGGACGUGGUGAAGAAGAAGCUAAAGAAGGCGUUUGCUGCACCGAGAGAAACAGAGGGCAACGGGAUUGUGAGCUUCGUCGAAUACGUCUUACUCCCCGUGAGCGCGCUGGAGAAUCCGGAAGGAAAGGGUAAAUUUACCGUUGACAGAAGUGAGGAGGAAGGUGGGCCGUUGGUUUACGAUAAUAUUGAAUCACUCAAGGAAGAUUACAGAGCCGAUAAGCUUACACCGCAACUCUUGAAGUUUGCUGUGACGAGUGCUCUUAAUAAUCUCCUCGCACCCAUCCAAGCCUCAUUCCAGGCAAAUUCUGUGUGGCAAGAAGUCACAAAGAAAGCCUAUCCGCCCCCACCAGAACCAGAGAAGAAAAAGAAGAAAGUAAAGGACAAAGGCUCGAGACACCCGGGGGCAGCGAAGAACGUGGUUGCACAGCCCGAUGGGUCCGUUGAAGGGCCAGAAAGUAGCAAAGUUGCUGUUGGGGCUGGAGUUGAGGAUGCGAUGGAAAAAUUGGACAUGAAAAAGUAAUGCGAAGAAACAUGUGUUGAAAAAGAGUUCUAGAGGCGAUGGAUAGACCUAACAUGACCACUAACGAAUCGUCAAGAUGAUUCCUUUUUUGCUUUGUCUUUUCCUAGGGCCUUGAAGCUUGAAUCUAGCGUAAAGAGAUAUUUAUCAAGUACAUUCUCUGUAC